CAAAAUAUAAGUAGGCGGUAUGAGAUCAAUACUAUUAGGAAUAAAUAUGGAUAGUUUAUAUAGGCAGCUCAUUUAAGGUGAGACCAGGCUGUAUUUUACGGAUUGCAUCGGAUUCACAAAGAAUGGCACACGAUCCCGAUUACUACACAUAUAUGUCUCUAUGUAUGUCAGAAAUCUUAUAUGACAUUGGUUUGAACGAGGAUAUGGUUAUUAAAGAAAGACGGAAAUCGCUUUUGAGGGAAUCUGUAACAACUUUAGGUCACAGAUUGGGAGGUGUGCAGCAAACUAAUUACAUUUUCGGUAGUCAGUCGGAAGCGUCAACAACAUAUGGAUUGCGUUCAGACAGCGACAACUUGAUUUGUCUGGACAGCUGGAAAGCUGUCACUGACUUGAAGGACUGUAAACCUGGAGAGGUCAAUAAUCUGAUUAUCGACGAUAUGUCUACACCGCCAGGGUAUUGUCUUCUUCUCCGCAUGCAAGGUGAUGUGCCUUUAAAUUUACAGGAGCAUAAAACAUCUAAAACAUUUCUCUGGCAGCCAAAUGAUGAUUAUAAACACGAACUACAUGGACCAGCAAUUAGCGUAAAAGGACGAAAUGGCUAUGAUGACCAAGACUAUGUUUAUGCUUUCCAUUGUCAAACCUGGCCACUGUCAGCUCGGGAAUGGUUAACAGAUAAGGGCAGAGGAAAAUGGCCUACAAAAGAAAUGAAAUCAUUUGCAGAAAAAAGUGGAUGUUUCCUCGUCGGCGUUGGUAGUAAAGAUAGUGCGAUGGAAGAGUAUGAAUGGAGAAUAUCUAUGUCUCAAGCGGAAAGGAGUUUAAUGUUUAGUUUGAAUAUAACGCAGAUAAGAUGUUAUGUCUUAAUGAAGAUGGUCAACAAAACAUUUAUCAAUCCUAUAGGCGAUGGUAUCAUUACAAGUUAUAUGUGUAAAACUGUUCUUUUUCAUUGUAUAAAACAUUCUUAUUCAAAUUUGUGGCAGGAAUCCAAAUUGCUCUAUUGUUUAACGUUGUGUUUAUCAGCCUUACAAUAUUGUGUACUUAUUGGUAACUGUCCGCAUUUCAUAAUACAUGAGAACAAUUUAAUGGAAGGACGGAUUACUACAGAAUUCAGGACGAUGUUCCUGACACAUAUGCAUCGUAUAAAAGUAGACAUUGGAUUAUCAUUAAAAGUCAUUGCGUACGAUAGCUUAGGUCUACGAUUGGAAAGAAAGAUGAAACGAAAUCCACGGAAUACUAUCAUCUUAUAA